GAGAAGACACGGGUGGAGAGCGUGGAGCUGGUGCUGCCCCCGCACGCCAACCAUCAGGGCAACACCUUUGGGGGGCAGAUCAUGGCCUGGAUGGAGAACGUGGCCACCAUCGCAGCCAGCCGGCUGUGCCAUGCCCACCCCACGCUGCGGGCCAUCGAGAUGUUCCACUUUCGGGGACCAUCGCAAGUCGGGGACCGCCUGGUGCUCAAAGCCAUUGUCAACAACGCCUUCAAAAACAGCAUGGAGGUGGGGGUCUGCGCCGAAGCCUAUGGCCAGGAGAUGUCCGUCAGCCGAAGGCACAUCAACAGCGCCUUCAUGACCUUCGUGGUGCUGGAUGAGGACGGCCAGCCCCGCAGCCUGCCGAUGGUGGCACCCGAGCCGGGGGAAGGAGAGAGGAGGUACCGAGAAGCCAGUGCUAGGAAAAAAAUUCGGCUGGACCGAAAAUACGUCGUCUCCUGCAAACAGACCGAGGUGCCGCUCUCUGUGCCCUGGGACCAAAGCAACAAGGUUUAUCUGAGCUACAACAACGUCUCUGCGCUGAAGACGCUCGUAGCCAAAGCGAACUGGGCGCUCGCCAGAGAAAAGGAAAAGGUGCGGAUGUACACGCUGGAGGAGGACAAAUUCCUCUCCUUCCGCAUCGAGAUCACCCCCACCCCCCCCAGCCAAGCCUUCUCCCUGCUCUCUGACCUGCGGCGCCGGCACGAGUGGGACAGGCACUACGUCUCCGGCUUCUGCAUUUGGCCGGAGUCGGAGGAGACCAGCAAGGUGGCUUACUACAACCAGGCUACGCCGGGGUACCUCAACUACGUCACCACCAACGUGGCGGGACUGUCCUCCAAC